AUGACAUACGACACUGAUGAAGAUGACAGAUUCACCAAACUCGAUAUACGUUGUCUAGAGGAUGAUGACAGUGGUCGCCGUAAAUGCUUUUUCGAAAAGGGGCUAAGCGCGCUCUUAAUUGACAAGCACUUUGUGCUUCUAUACGUGCCUAAAGAUGGAGCCAAAAUGCGAAUCAUACGACCUGAAAGUGAUCCAUACCAUCGAGAACAGAACCUACAUUUAUGGGAGGAAAUUGGCGACUACGUGGAUGAUGAGCACGAUCAACCUACAGCUCCUGUUUCGAUGCGACCUGAAAAACGCGCCACAUUACUUGCACUACUCAAGGCACAUCCUGAUAGUUAUUGGUGGAUCGAUGUCUUAUGUGCACGUACCGAUACACCCUUGGACAUUAUGGGGGAUAUCUAUGCUUGUUGUCUUGAGUGCAUUGCCAUGAUCGAUUGUGAGCCUAGUCUGCUACCAAAACUUCAUAUCGAGAAGAAUACGAGGGAGGAGCUCUUUGAAUUUAAUUUUUAUGGAAGGCCAAGUCUAGAGCUCUUCGAGCGCGGCAAACGUUUGUAUGCGAAUUAUCCUCAGCUGAUUGCACAGUUGUAUCAGUUGCAGCGAAGUGUGUGGUGGAAGCGCGUGUGGACUUGGCAAGAGAUGGCCUUACCUUAUGGAAAUGUGCGUCUCAUAGCAGAAACUGACGACAAUCACUUUCAAACCAACACGAUUACGAUAAGUGAUUUAAUUAACUGCUUUAAAAACGCACUCGAUAUCUUUUCGUAUCUUAACGCAAGUGACACCGAAGGCUGCAAAGAUAAAACUGACGAGGUUCGGUACAAGAGCACCCAAUUCAUGUCCGAGAUAUACCAAGCUAGAACUUUCAACAAGCAUCGUAUUGAGGAAAAGACCCCACCAAGAUAUGUGUUCCUAAUGACCUCACUGGCCGGGUCCCGAAGGCGUUGCAUGGAUCCUGUUGAUUAUGUCUAUGGGGUACUUGGCAUGUUCCAGUUUAAAAUUCCAAGGAUGAGUGAUCCAAAUGCAGUUUGGCAAAGAUUCUUGUCUGAGCUUGAGAAGUAUACCGAGCCUAUGAUGAAUGACAAAUUCGAGUUAGAGGGCCACAAAUACAAACUCACUGCGUUCGAUGAUCGCGCAUACUUGAAAGAUUUAAGGGAAGCUAAAGAUAUGUCUGAUGUGUACACUUAUGUAUGUACUAUGAAAGCUGAUUAUAGUGAUAGCGAAUAA